AAAAAAAAACAAGAAGGAAAAAAAUUGGAGAAAAGAAAAAUGUUGAGAGGUUGAAAAUAAAUAAAAAGUAGAAAUAAAAUAAAAAAAUCGACCUUAAACACGAGAAUUUGUUGAGUUGUGAAGCUGUGAAAAUGGAGUGUUGCAAUCUUAUCAGAAGUUCUGCUUUACUUCCCAAAAAACCCUCUUCUUCUUCUCUUUUAUCUGACUCUCAAUUUCUCACCAACCUCAAAUUACCGAGAUUAAAGCGUCAGAAUUUUGUUAAGAAUCGGGUGCUGGUUACAAAUGUUUGUGGUUUUGAUGCAAAUGAGCUUCCUUUUGUCCCAGAAAAGAUUUUUACAGAAGAGGCUAUUGGAGCUGAAUAUGGAGAAGGUUUUGAGACUUUCAGACAUGAUGGCCCCUUAAAAGUUGAUGUGGAUUUUUUGAAUGACAAGUUGCAAGAGGGCUUUCUUCAAAGAAUACGCUACGCCAUGAAACCGGAUGAAGCAUUUGGACUUAUAUUUUCUUGGGAUAAUGUUGUGGCAGAUACUCGAGCAUUGAAGUUGAAUGCUUGGAAACAGCUUGCCUCUGAAGAGGGAAAAGAAAUACCCGAGGAUGCUAAUACUCAAAGACUGAUUCUUUCCACAGGUCCUGAUCAUGUGCUGAAUAAGAUUUUACAGUGGAAGAAAUCAGAAGCUGAUGUAGAUCUGUUAAAGCAGCGGCUUUCUCAAGUGUACUAUGAAAAUCUCCUCAAGAUUGAUAGACCUUUGGAAGGUUUGGAAGAAUGGCUGGAGGCAGUGUCAACUGCUCGUAUACCUUGUGCAGUUGUUUCAAGUCUUGACAGAAGAAACAUGGUUGAAGCUCUGGAAAGGAUGGGAAUCAAGGAAUACUUCCAGGCCAUAGUGAGUGAAGAAGAUGGCAUGGAGGCAAUUGCCCAUAGAUUUCUCUCUGCUGCUAUGAAGUUGGAUAGGAAACCGUCGAAGUGUGUGGUCUUCGAGGAUGACCCAAGAGGUGUAACCGCUGCUCAUAACUGCACAAUGAUGGCUGUAGCUCUAAUUGGUGCUCACCGUGCGUAUGACUUGGUGCAGGCUGAUCUUGCAGUGGCCAGCUUCAACGAGCUAUCGGUUAUAAAUCUCCGGAGAUUAUUUGCACAUAAGGGUUCUAACUUCAUGGAUUUGCAGAAGCAGAUCGCAGAAAAGAGUCCCUCAAAAAGGAGGCUUACUACUGAUACCAUUUUUUGAGUAAUCACUAAUUAGAUUAUGUUUAAAUCUUCUGUAGUGUUCCAAGAUGCAUAUGAUCUCUCUUCACCCUUCUCUCAUUUAAUGUUUGUAUAUACUUUGUUCAAUGUACAUUACACAGUUUAGCAAUGUAGUCCCAUAUAAUUCGUAA